GCCACUGGCCCUAACGAAACCCUUCACAAAUUUCCGAAGGCCUUCCUGCACACUGUGAAGGGUUCUUCCGCGUCGCGAUCCGAAACACCUGACGCAGGGGACAGACAGACUCCCGAACGCACACAUAUAUCGGCCAUGCCUACCCAAAAGGGCUCGCCUAUUGCGGCACUACCUACAGAGACUCUCUCGAACAUCUUCGUUCUUAGCAUAAGCCAAACCCUCGCUCAUGAUGAGCCUAUAUAUCCUCUUCUAUUGGACAAGACGAACUCCCCGGACGUUCUCGCACAAGUCUCCCGUCGAUGGCGUGAAGUGGCUCUUUCGAUGCCAGAGCUAUGGUCGCGAAUCACUUUGAGCCCCCAUCCCCGUGCUAUCUCCAUGUUUCUUCAACACAAGCAGCAAGACAAAGACACUACGAGGGGCUGUUUUGAAAGGUGGCUCGAACGGUCAAAAAACGCCUCAUUAUAUAUCGACUUGAACCCUAACCUCCAUGUCCCGGACGAAAUCUACGCCAGCUUCUUGAUCCCGAGCCUUUUGGACGCACUCGAACGCCACGUCAAUCGCUUGCGGGAUCUGAGAGUCACGGAAACGCAAUCACCACACAACAUUCCUAUCGUACGACCUGACAUCACGGCUCCCCGUCUCGAGAGAGUGGUUCUACGGCCAUCCCUGACAAAAGUGGGCUGGAUUCCUAUCCAAGUGUCACUAUUCAAGAACGCACCCAAGCUAUCCCACCUGUCACUCCCCGUAUCCUAUACGAUCCGUAUAUAUGGUCUCCCUUGGCAUCAAUUGACUCAUCUCAAUAUAGAUGACCAGGAUUACCAGGGCCCCCAGUUCUUUCGUGAUUUACCCGCCAUUUUCGCCAAGUGCAGGAAUCUCGUCACUCUGCGUGCGAAUAUCGCCUCAAGUGGCGGCAAAGUGACGUACGACGACUCAGGGUGUGGACCACGAGCUAUCCUUCUUCCUAAGCUUCAGAGCCUCGCUAUUCUCGGCAGAGUGGACAUAGUUGAGUUCCUCGUCGCCGAGCUUUCCAGCUCGUCAUCCCUCCCAAAGCUACGGACCCUGGUCAUCAAUUGUGAGGCCGAACAUACAUUUUCCCAGAGGCUCUUAUUCUUCGUCCGGCUUCACUCCGACACGUUACGGCACCUUUACCUGCACGGCGCACCUAAACCGGGGCUCAGUCCUUCGGUAUUCUACCAGAUCUGUUCCUCCCUUCCUCGCCUCACCAAACUCUCCCUGAACGCAUACAUACUCAGCGUCCCUCUCGCCACCGCUCUCACACUCCGACCCUCUCCCUUCGUAUCCUCCACCACUCGGACCCUCGAAGGCGGCCUGAACCCCUUUAUUUCGUCGUUCACGAUGGUGCUUCCCCCCAACCACCAAAACAUCGACGUUCCACUCGUAGGCGGCACCCUCCUUCGCGGGCCGUAUGCUGCCGCCGUAGAGGGCGUCGCCUUCAUGGUGCAGUCACGAUGGAGGUUACCGCAGAGUCUCACUGAGAACGGUAGUGCAGCGAGGUUGGAAGAGGUUUCUUUGGAAAAGAGUCAAUGGGACUGGAUGGCGAGGAGUGCACCUAAUGCCUACGCAAGGAUAAAGGCUUGUGUUGGAGAAGGAUUGCGCCUAUCGUUUGAUGUAGAGGAUGAUGAUCAGCUCCGUGAGUUUGAUUGGUACCGGUGAUGCUUCCUAUAUAGAUGCCUCUCCUCGAGACAGUUACAUUGUACUAUGCGAUUCUCGAUUUUUUUUCCAAGCGGGCUUGCACAAUUCUUGAUGGUUCAUCCCAC